AUGGUGAACAAGAGAAGCAAUUUUGUCGAAAGACGUCUCUAUGAAUAUACAUUGCAUGCUGUUUGUUCUCCAUUACAUGUCAUUGAGCCUGGAGCAACAAGUGAUCAACUUGCUGCACACGUUGCUGAACUUUUUAAUGUUGAUCCUGAAGAACAUGAACAAAAAUAUAUGCGAGCUCUUAAGCUGGAACCAUGCUCUGUUGUUCUAUGUGUUGAUGUUAAAAAAGCACGUGACUUACUUGGUGAAGAUCGAAAUGGUUUUAGUGAUCCUUAUUGUGAAGUGAGUGUUAUAAAUAUUCCCAGCAAACAAGAUGAUUCAAAUGAAUUAACAUCAUCGUCAUCAUCUAUAUCAGCGUCAACAUCACCUAAUCGUCCAAAACGAAGCCCAUCAUUAUUUUCUUGCGCUAGUGGAUCAUCUUCAAAAAAUAAAUUAAAAUCACUAACUACGAAAACUAGCCGGGCAAAUAGUAAAAGUAAUAGUCGAAGAUAUUCAAUAGAUCGUUUAUCAGUAACAUUAUCUAAUAAGAGCAAAACAUUGAAAAGUGUUAUUUAUCGUACCGAAGUUCGACCAAAAACUAUUAAUCCUGAAUGGAAUUCACAUUUUGAAUUUGAGAUUGAAAAUGUACAAGAACAACAUUUACUCAUAAGAGUAUUUGAUUCAGACUGUGGUCAAGUAUCAAGUUUUAAAACAGUUGUUCAAGAAAAACGAGGUGUUUCACGCAAACUUCGUGGACUUCGAAGUCUCAUCAGAACAGGUGAAAUUGAAGAUGAUUUUCUUGGUCAAGUUAGUCUUGAUAUUAAAAAAGUUUUAUUAAAUUUGAUUUUAAACAUCGAAAAACAUUCUGCUAAUGUUUAUGAACUUGAUACAACUAAUUUAUCAUUAUGGCAUGAAAAUGCUAAACAACAAGCUGAAGCUAUUGUUGAUGCUUUUCUAAGAAAUGAAAAAAUUCCAUUUGAUCCUCUUUCAAAAACACCAAUAGAUGAACCUAUUUAUGAACAAAAUACAUAUUUAGCAUGUCAACGUAUAUUUCAUAUGAAAUCCCAAUGGCUUGAUCAUUUAAAAAGCAAACAGCAUAAGCGAAUAAUUUGUGCAAUAGAUCCAGCAGCAUAUUGUCAAAAAUUGAAUAAUGCUAUACUAUCAUUAUUGAACACACCUGAUUUAUUAUAA